UUUCCACAUUCAUUCAAUUUUCGCAGAGAGACCACAUAUUAUCUGAUUCAUCUGGAUAUUUGUGUCGCAUAUGUAUCUGGUGCAAUUAUUUAUUUUGGGCAAUAAAGUGAAAACAACUGAGUGCAAUUUACGAGAAAUUAAAAUAUUGGCGAUAAACAGUCGCGACCAGUGAUAUUUUGGAUUAAAUUGAAACAGUAAAUCGAAUAAAGAAAACAGGGCAGUCGUGCAUUGAUCGUAUUUUAGGAUAUAGGUUUUUCGACGAAACAUUCAAAAUGGUCGAUCCUAGCCCGGAUAUGACCGCUUUGAACACAGUUGUUCCGGCAAUAUUGGGUCUUACUGCUGCCGCAAUAUUGGCUGUAACAGCCUGUUUUUGCACUCGCCGCAUCCGUGCAAGAAACAAAAAGGUCAAUCUAGAACAAAAUAACAUCACGUUUCAACCGACUCGUCGUCCGACCGCUGUCAGAUCACCCAGUGGUCAACCACCACAUUACUUAAAGAAAUCUCCAUCACCGACUGCCACAAAGCCAUUACCCGGCAGCCUACUAUCACCGGUACAGUCAGUCAAAUACUCGGAAGAAAAUGAAGGUCCGAAAAAUGCUACCAUUACCACUGAUGGCGACGCAACGAUAACUGAGAAUGGCAUCGAGACUGGAAAACUUGGCGCACUGGUAUUCAAAUUGAGAUAUUUAGCCGAUCGUAACGCUCUGGUAGUUUCGGUUGUUCGUUGUCGUGGUCUGCCGGAAAAACAGAACAUUGCUCGGAAUGGAGACGCUGCUGGUGGAUUGAAUGGGAAAGUUCAAGCGGCCACUGAUCCGUAUGUUAAACUGCAACUAUUACCGGAAAAGCAGCAUAAGGUUAAGACAAGAGUUGUAAGGAACACUAGGAAUCCGGUCUAUGAUGAAGACUUCACAUUCUAUGGGUUGUCACUAGCUGAGCUGUCGUUGAUGUCCCUACACUUUGUUAUAUUGAGCUUUGAUCGAUACUCACGCGAUGAUGUGAUUGGUGAAGUUGUGUGUCCAUUGUCAGGCAUCGAUUUAAGUCAAAUUGAGAAUCAACAGGUCGCUUUGAGCAAAGAAAUUCAACCGAGAAGUUUAAAGAUCAGGGCACAAGGACGCGGAGAACUUCUCAUAUCUCUGUGCUGGCAACCAGCCGCUUCACGUUUAACUGUCGUCCUUUUAAAAGCACGCAAUUUACCGAGAAUGGACGUAACUGGUCUGGCCGAUCCUUAUGUGAAAAUCUAUUUGCUAUUCAACGGACAACGAAUCGCUAAAAAGAAGACACACGUCAAGAAGCGAACAUUGAGCCCAGUAUUCAACGAAAGUUUUGCAUUCGACAUCCCAUUGGUCGAGGGCUCUAAUGCGUCUCUGGAUGAUGUGUCGCUGGAAUUAAUGUUGCUCGACUGGGAUCGGGUCACGAAGAAUGAGGUCAUUGGACGAUUGGAGUUAGGUGGACCGCGCUGUACAGGCGCAGCAUUAAAUCAUUGGAAAGAGGUGUGCAAUUCACCUCGUAGACAGAUUGCUGAGUGGCACAAGCUUAAUGAAUAAGAAUCCUCUUAAGAGCUUUUAUCUCGUCUAAAAGAAGAAAAAGAUAAAAAAAAAAAGAUUUUACUCAUAGACUUUAGCAAAAUACGUUUUAGAUUCAUUGAUGAUUUUGAAAUAAUGUCAAAAUAUAAAAACAAAACCGAGGUUAUAAUGAUGGAGCAAAGCAGAGAACAAAAGAAUUAGAAAAUCCAAUUGAAGACAAAAGAAACACUCAUGUGAGAACGUGAAUAAAGAAAGUAAUUUUUAGUAAAUUUACUAUUUACAGGAUACCAAAAAAAGAAGAAGAAAAAUUACAUAAAUACCAAAAAACACACUCAAACACAUAAUUAUUAUAUUACCCUGCAUGGUGUUGCGCUAAUAAUAUUCAAAAAAACAAAACAAAACAAAAAAAUUAUGUAAAUCAUUAUGUUUUGUAGUUGUAAAAUGCUAUAAUGAUGUAUAAUAAAGGGGAUUAUAUUCUUAAGUA